AUUCGCCUCUCCCGCGACCCGUACCCCGCCUCCCGGUUCAACCAAAUCCCUCUCGCCUCAUCCCCACCAGCGCAAAGCCGCCCUAUCGUCCUGUCGUGAGAAGCAAUGGCGGGCCGUGGCAAGGCGAUUGGCGCUGGUGCCGCGAAGAAGGCAACGUCAAGGAGCUCCAAGGCUGGGCUGCAGUUUCCCGUCGGCAGGAUCGCUCGGUUCCUCAAGGCCGGCAAGUACGCCGAGCGCGUGGGCGCCGGCGCCCCUGUCUACCUCGCAGCUGUCCUCGAGUACCUCGCCGCUGAGGUCCUGGAGCUUGCUGGGAACGCAGCGAGGGAUAACAAGAAGACCCGCAUCGUGCCGCGUCACAUCCAGCUCGCCGUGCGCAACGACGAGGAGCUGACCAAGCUGCUUGGUGGUGCCACCAUCGCGAGCGGCGGCGUUAUGCCCAACAUCCACCAGCACCUCCUCCCCAAGAAGGCUGGCUCGUCCAAGGCUUCCACCGUCGAUGACGAUGACAACUGAAGCUGCCCACUGGAGAAGGCAUUCGCUACCGUCUUGUUUCCUAGGUUUAGCACGCAGUUAGUCGCCAUGUCUUUGAGAGAGUUCGAUGUGUUUGGGAAUGACAAUAGUUCCUUUCUUGGUUCCCUAAGUUCGUUGAAUCAGAUGUGAAUACGGCUAAGGUUUUUGGGUUAUGCAACUCUGGGACGUACGCCAGUUGAUUUGAUCGUUUGAAAAGAAAUGGAAGGACGUUAAAGUUUGAA